AAAAAAAUGAUUUCUCUGUAAAAACCUUGAAAAGGUUUCUCUGUAAAAACCUUGAAAAGUCAGGUUAAAGCUGUUCCAAGAAGUGGAAAAAAGGCUAACCUUGUCUUCAGUUUAAAACUUAAUUCCAAUCUGAGCAUUAUAUAUUCUAGAAGAACCAUCAGUGACUUCAGUUAAGCUAUGUGUGCCAUCUUUGACAUGAUUUAACAAUGUCUUGGUUAAAGGAACUCAGACAAAGCAAGCAGUAAAUCCUGUUUGAGUGCAACCCUCCUCGGACCCUUAGUACAGAGGGAGCUGAAGAACACACAACAAAGGGCUCGGGGAGGAUCCACCAAAGCCUCAGUUUGAGCUUCUAGCACCAGUCAAAGCAAUAACUGGAAACACUCUUUUGCAGAAAGAAGAAAAAGCAUGAUUUCAGACCCAGCAUAGCUGCAUCAAACCACACUGCCCACCAUGGUCAGGCCUUAGAAAAGAAGUUUAUACUGAAAUGAAGUUCAGGCUAAACCUAGCAGUCCGGAGGCUACACUGCAUGAGAACACUGUCAGCGGAAUAAGCCCAGCCUCUGUCUGCCUGCAGGUCUUCUGAAGUCACUUCCAAAUACUGCAGAUAAUACAGACUCUUCAACCCGAGUGUCUGCUAGUAUAAAAGCAGCUUUGUGGCUGUAGGUGGAGGACGAAAGUUUUUCUCAGAAGGGAGAUGCUGUGAAAUGCUCUUUCAGACUUGGCUGGAGGUUCUAGUUUCAUUUGCGUGAGUAAUUGUGUCUGGUCUUGGAGACUGUCCUGGCACUGGAGCAUGGAGCGGGAGAAGAGGAGAGGAAAAGCCGGCACGCCUAUUGUUUAUUGGAUGAAUUUAAAAGGAAUGUUGAAUAAAAAGGAUUUCUCCUUCAUAACAUGCAUAUUUAGAAUCAAAGAACAAGACAAAGCUGUGUACAAAGCUCUCCUCCUUUAUGCCUGAAUGCAUUGGAAAUAUUUUGACAAAAUUACAGUUGAAACCAGAUGUUUACACACACUGUUUAAAAAGUCACCUAUCCUUUUUAUUCUCAUUGUUUGCUAUUGAGUCCGACAAAAAAAAUUCUGUUUUAAGUCAGUUAGGAUUACCAAAAUGAUUUAUAUCCAUGAAAUUCAAGAAUAAAUAAAGACCAUUUGAAUCAUUUGAACUUGAAUUACUUUCUACAGAGGUCUACAAUGUAGAAUUUACCUUCUACACUGUAUGACUGGGGUCAAACUUUUUGAGUUUUCUUCAAGCUUCUCACAAUAGCUUGGCGGAAUUUUGGCCCAUAUCUCCUGACAUGGUUGUCGGAUUUGUAAUGUGGCCUUUCAAUUAUUUCAGUCUCUAUGCGACCAAGAUCGAAAAGUUGUCAUGAUCACUCCAAAACAUAAUUUUCUUUUUGUUUUUAAGUCACUUUGUUACUAUGUUGGUGAUUUGCCUAUGGCGAUUGUCCAAAAAAAACAUUUGUGCAGAAAUUAAUUUCCUGGCUCAUGUUUUGAGAUAUUUCCAGAUCAUAUUCUUUCAUAUCAUCAUUGAUUUUGUGCUAUGAGUCACUCCCUCGUGAACCAAAAUACCCCAAAAGAUGACCUUGUAUAGUGUGUGCCACCCACAUACGUCACGGUUUCAUGCACCUUGCAUUAAAACUUCAUGUUUUAUUCCAGCUGGGUUUUUUUAACCACAAGUUGUACAGUUGAUAAGCAAAUGCGCUUACUAUAAGCAAUCAGUACAGCAGAGCAGAAAACAUGUUGUUUUGAGACACUUACAGUUCGUUACAGGCAACAUGUUGGAGGCGUGAGAAUUGGAAACAGCCAGUUAUUUCUGUUGUGAAACCCAGGGUGCCUGUUCAGACAUGUCUGUUCUUUGAUUAUACAGAAAAGCCAAAGGCCUCCAUUCAGGCAGAAGAGCCUGUGGAGUGGGGUUGACUGUGGGGCUUUACACAAGCCAACAGCAGACAGGAAAUCAGCAGAGAAAAGCGACAAUAGCGUGGAGAUUAGACAUCUGUUAACCCCCUCCUCUUUGUGGUCAACCUGUUAGCUCACCAACUACAACUUCCUUUAAUGAGCACGCAAUCAGUGGCGGCUAAAACUUUUUUUUUUUUCCUCACCCCUCUCUUUAUAGUAUAUUCUCUGGAGCUAAACAAUCCAGCAAAGUUUCAAUCUUUACCAAUAACAUGGAAAAAAUGAGCAGCUCCAAUUUACCACCUACUUCCCCCACAGGUGAAGGGCACAGCCAAUCAAACCGCAAAACUCAACUGAACACCUAAGCCUGCAGGGCAGACUUGCUCUGCAGUCACGAUGGUGUGUUCUGAUGACUUGCAGACUUUCUGAAAUAGACUGACUUCACAAAAGCUGAAAAAAAAAAAAAAAAAAAAACAAGCAAAGCCUCCACCUGGAUGCCCUUGUACUCUGACCUCCUCUGGUUUAUCAUUUACGCAAGUAGGCCUUUCACAAGUAACACACCUGGAGGUGAUUCUGCAGCGCAAUCGGGAUUUUAUGCUGACUGAAAAAAAGAUUCAUUACCCAAGAACUAGCAGCGCUCUCACCAGUUGAAAACGAUGGCACUAUGUAUUUAGGCUGCAUCAUUUCCUGAGGAUUCACAGAGAUCCAAGUCUAACUCCAGUAAAUCCAUCAGGAUGCCACUUAAAACGUCGCUGUACAGAAAUCCAUCUUCCAGUCGCUGGUCCAGCAGGAACUCAAAGAGGAGAGAAGUGCUAUCUGUCGAAAUGAUUAGUCUACCCCUUGGUGAUUUCCGGCAUGUCUCUCACAUUGGGAGCGACGGCCAAGACGACAGUUUUGGAGACUUAUCCUUCCUCAAAAUGGGUCACGGCCUGCUUCGACAAAGUUCCAAGAGCGAACAGAACCUCUUCCUAAGCUGCAAGCCACCACCAAAACCCCCCCGUCUGAACCUGGAUGGAACGGAGGGCAUACAGAGCCCUGAGUGGUCUGUGGACAAGAAGAGAAAGAAGUGCAACUCUUUGCCUCUUUUGGACAGUGAAGAAGACGAUAAGUGUGAAAACGAGGAAGUGGAUGAAACGAGGAAUGAUUUUGCUUCUAAUCAGACUUGCCGGCGCGAACACAGCAGCGUGGGUUUUCAUAGAGAUCAAGAGUUCACAGGGAGUUGUGAACACAUUGAUGAAUUUAAGGAUGAGGACAGUGGCUUUUCAUUUAGUCUAGACCUGGGCCCUUCAAUCCUGGAGGAUGUUCUCCGGGUGAUGGACAAACUACACAACUGAAGAACCUUGAACAACUUGGUAAGACACUGGCUGUUGGAGAAGAAAUUUAACUUAAUACUCUUCUUGGGACACAACUUUGCAUAACCAUGAGGACAUGAUAAAUUAUCCAGUCUAGAAAAGAUUGGAUAAUUUUGCUUAUAAUUCAAUUUGCAGACCUGGUCCUGGUCUGCACAAAGAGUCUGCAGAGAGCUGUGACCAAACUGGAGAUCAAUUUACGAGGACAGCAGCUCUUUAUUCAGCCUGGAUCUGGAAAAACUCAUUUGUGAACAAUGUUCUCCAGAUCAUCUGCAAACUAUGCAACUAUGUGAAAUACUGACGUCAUCACUUCUUUGGAAGACCCAACACUGUUUUAACAACAAGAAUACUGAAAGUAAAAACUUAUAUUUGCUGUAACAUCUUUACAUUCUCAAACCAAAUGAAUAUCUUGUUAGUCUAAGGAAGACAUGAUGUUCACAGUGCAUUACAGUAACCAGUAUUUGCCAUCAACAGAAUGGUAAAGAUAAAAUAUUAACCUGUUUUUUAUGUCUGGGCAUUUCUAACUUCAUCUACAUUUCCUCUUUAUUAACCUCCCAGCCCACACUCAAAGCAGCUGUUAGGAUUUAAGGGAGUUGUGUAUAAGAAAAGAAAAGCUGAGGAUGAAAUCCAAGGUCCUUGAGCUGUGAUGUCUUGAGUCUUGGCGUGCUUGCCCGUCUAUUGUGUGCAUAGGGCAAUUUUUCUUCCGCACGCAUCCUGGCAGCCCCACUCGAAGGUAGAGCAAGGUACCCCCCAUUUCUCAUUCCCAGCAGUACAGUGAAAACAAACAUUUUGCUCUGCUUCCAAUAAAAGCCAGCCAGUGGUGGCAGGUUGGGCAGCCUACCAAGCCGGGCCACAGGUCCAAGACCUUAUAAGAAGAAAGAAAUGGCAGAGCAUGCUGUUUUGUUAGCUGCAAAUCAGAGUGCGAUGAUCUAGCGGAUGGCGCUCAAAAGAGAAAGUGGCGGUGAGUAACACUAUACAUCUACAAAAGCAGGGAGGUUGGAGAGGAAGGGGAGACUGACUCUGCUUCAGCAGAGGUCCUGAUGAGGAGUUAAACACAACCUUCUGAGCAAAUACAUGCUGCGUCUCAUGUAUAUGCAUUGUAUUUCUUCUCACGUCAUCCAAGUGGGAAUUCGUGCAGACAAUUGAGGUCUACUAUUGUGGGGUUGAGAGAAUGAUAUGUGAGAAAAGCCCAAAAAAUGUUAAAUUCCUUUGCACCCUAAAAGGUCAAGCUGGGAAAUACAAAAACCACAAAUGUCUUGCUUCAAGCAAAAGACUCAGUAUUCUAUGCAUGUCCAAACAGAAACAGCAUUAUUUCUGGAUACAUCUGCAUUGAAUGUCUGUUUUGUUGCCUGAUGUUUUAAACUGGAUAUCUCUGUUUCUUGUAUAUGUUAUGAAAAAAGUUAUUGUGAAAGCAUUUUUUGCAUUGUAAAAUCUACCAGUUUGUACUUUGGUUUGGUAGGCAAAAAAAUGUACACCAUUCAAAUCCCAUCAUUGGUGGUUUUGUGGAUAAACUGAAUGGGACUGUUUACACAACAAUGGACCGACAUGUACUUGGCUUCUCAGCAAAAGAAGCCAAAAUGGAUGGAUUAUGUUUUGCAUGUCCAACCUUUUUUUUUUUUUUUUUUUUUUUUUCCAGCAAUCAUUGUCUUGGGUUCACAUAAUUCAACAUGGAAAUGGACAGUAAUAUAUUAAAAACAUUUCUCUGGCAUUGCAUUUCAAUAAAUUUAAGAAAAUGA